CUGAGCUGUGCUGCUAGACUCGACAUCUUUGAGCCCUUGAUUUGAAUAUCUGAGAAGACCCUUGAAAAUAUCCUGGCAUCUGCACCUGUCCCUUAAGGGCGAUCGUUGGACACUGUCUUUACCACGAAGUCCGCAGCAUCCAUCUUCCUUCGUAUAGCCCUGACCCCCCCUUUUCCAUGUCUCUUAGUAUGCCCAGGGCCUCCCCGGCCCGGAUCCUGGGUGGCACUACUUUAUUAUCGACGUUCAUUACUACUAUCCUCGAUGGCAUGUGCUUCACCUUCUCCAGAUCCCUCUCAUCUCGUGUGUCUUCGGUGGAAUCGGCCAUUGUCAGCUUGGGCGCAGUCAGCUGUCUUGCGCUUGUAUCUUUGAUGCUCCUCUGGAUCAAAGAUAUAAAAACUGAGCCUACAGAGCAGUGCAGAAACCACCGAGCCAUUGCAUAUGGGCUUAUUGCUGCAUAUUUAUCAGUGGCCACUGGCGUGACGGCAGGAGGGAUAGCAUGGAGUGCAGCUCAGUCCGUGUCAGCUAAGAAGUCGGUCACAAGGCAUCAGUCCUUGCUAGUGGCUCGCUGCACCAUAUGGGCCAUUUCGGUCCUCAGCCAAGGCAUACUAGGAGGCUAUUUCCUGACAACCUUGGCGAGACGGGAAUCCACUAGCAAAUGGUCGCCGCCAUCCGUAUCCCAAGAGCUUGAGGUUCUUUCUGAUAAAGCAAGCGUGAAAGACGCAAGCACCGUGCAAUCAUCCUCUCUGGCCAGCGAGUCUCAGCGACCAUCCGCUGAUUUGAAGACUAAUUCCGACACUGUCCCUCCGAUCCAACCGUCUGUUUCAAAUACAGAGUCCCAGGCCUCAAAUCGCUAUUCUGGACGCACACUAUUCCAGCAUGACUCCAAGCAAAGCUCCUUUGACCUGCAGCGAUCAUACGUACCUCAUGGAGACAGCACAGCCACACCGGCCACAGUAGAGGAGCACCCCGUUGACCAAGCCGGCAGUGCAGCAGCUGGGGUCAAGCUUCGCCCCGAACCCCCCAAAAUUCGACGAAGCUAUUCCGAUACAAAGCGAUCCUUGGAUGGCUUGGUUCGCCAACCCUCGUCAGCACGGUCAUCACCCGCGACUUCAUCAACACAGCUGGUGACUCCCGCUAGACCUGCCCCUCCUAAGCUGAAACUCCCCGAUGAGAGCUUCAUUCAUCCGUUAUUCCGCUCUGACAGCUCAUCGCCGCCCCCGACCCCAAUGCCAGGUACCACGGUGAUUGCCUCACCAGCAGCCGGUCAGACCAUUUCCGUGCAGGCCUUGAACCGGGUCAGAUCCACUCGUUCGCUGCGAUCCCAAGCACCACGCAGCAGAUCGCCGCUGUUCGAUCAACCACUGAACGGGAUGGAACGGAAUACCGAGUCACCGGAACCCAGCGGUCGAGGAUCUCCCAUGCCCAGCUUCAUCAUGGCGGCAGAUGUGCGGAGCAGUAUAUCACGGUAUGAAAAAAAGUAUGACUUGAACGAAUCACCGGAUGAGAGCUAGCUGGGCCGAAAAGGGGCGCGACCGCAUUGCAG